GUGUACUAAGACCGACCAAGGCAGCACACACACUGCCUGUUGUGCUUUUCUUUAAGUUACCAGAAGAUGAAGUAACUCUCGAUCAACAUUGUACGGAAUUUAUUCACGAUGCAGAAAGUGAGUGUAUCCUUUCUGAGUUCUUACGAGUGAAGAUGAACUGAUAAACAGUGCCCAUACACAAUGUCAUCGCCGUAAAAAAAAAAAAAAAAAAAAAAAAAAAAACUCUGUUUGAACUUAAUACAAAGAAGAAAAUACUCGUUUUAUGAAGAGCGAAAGAGUGCUAAUUAGAAAAGUGGUUAACGGCACCACCGCAACAGAGCCUGGGGAGGUCAGUUACAAAACAAUGCCUCCAAAUGCGAGCGAGGUCUCCGUUGCCGUCGCGCGCGCACUCCGUCGAGUAAGGAGCCAGGCGGCCUGAGAACCAUGGCGGAGGAAGCGAAAGAACAGGCCCUAACGGCGACCAACAGCGUCUGCAGCAGUGAAGAUGAAGGGCAAGUUGACCUGGCGUUUACGUUGCUUGACCCAAUCAAACUCUCCCUGUGUCAAGAACACAUGAGUGAAGAGUACAGGCACACGCGCAUAAGCAGUAAAAAAUUUCGGAAACGCGUUGUCCAGAAAAGCGGCGAGUGUAAUGUCACGCCUUCGAACGUGGCCAAGCGCAGGAGACGGUACUUGCAGGAUAUUUUCACUACGCUCGUCGAUGUGCAGUGGCGGUGGACCCUGCUGGUGUUCGCGAUGUCCUUCAUGAUGUCAUGGCUUGUCUUCGCCGUCAUCUGGUACAUUAUCGCCUACACGCACGGAGACCUCGAGGAAGCGAAUCAGAGUGACAAAGGCUGGACCCCCUGCGUGGUGAACAUCUACAGCUUCACGUCCUGCUUCCUGUUCAGCGUUGAGACCCAGCACACCAUCGGCUACGGGUCGCGGCACACCACCGAAUACUGCCCCGAGGCCAUCAUCAUCAUGUGUGUGCAGAGCAUCACGGGGGUCAUGAUACAGGCCUUCAUGGUGGGCAUCGUGUUCGCCAAGCUGUCGCGGCCGAAGAAGCGCACGCAGACGCUGCUCUUCUCCCGCAACGCGUGCCUGUGCCUCCGCGACGGCGAGAUGUGCCUGUUCCGCGUGGGCGACAUGCGGAAGUCGCACAUCAUCGAGGCGCACGUGCGGGCGCAGCUGAUCCGCAAGCGGGUGACGCGGGAGGGCGAAGUGCUGCCCUUCUUCCAGUACGAGCUUGACGUGGGCUACGACAUCGGCGAGGACCGCAUCUUCUUCAUCUGGCCCAUGACCAUCGUGCACAAGAUCAACGAGAACUCGCCGCUCUACGACCUGUCGGCGCACGACCUGCUCAGGGAGAAGUUCGAGAUCGUCGUCAUCCUGGAGGGCGUCAUCGAAUCCACAGGAAUGACGACCCAGGCGAGGUCUUCCUACCUGCCCAACGAGAUCCUGUGGGGAUACAGGUUCGAGCCCUUGGUCACCUUCAACAAGAAUACGGGCCAGUACGCUGUGGAUUAUUCCCUCUUCAACAACACUUACCAGGUCAACACACCGCUCUAUUCCGCAAGGGAGCUCGACAGAUUAAACAGUCAAGAAUCAUCUCCAGAACGCGAUGGUGAAGACUCGGACACAACCACACCACAACAGCAUGAGACCAGUUCGCAAGUCACGCCUCUCACCCCGCUGACGCCCAUGUCCCCCCUGACGCCCAUGACGCCCACAUCCUCGACAGGAAAUGUGGGCGGGACGUGCACCCUCGACAUGCAUGGGUGCGGCCACGACACCCCAGGAGAGACACCCUCUUCCCAGCCUCUCCUGCAGGAUCACAGUCACGUCUAGCAGAUGGCCCCGGGUGCCAUGGGGUGCCCAUGUCCGUGCCUUACUGGGAUGGAGAAUUCCCUCCGCGUGCGGGGGUGCCGUGCCUCGGCCCACCCGUGCCCUUGCAGAAGUGAGCGCCGCGCCAUACCCAGCUGCACUCUGUCCCAUACCACGCAGACUUGUCCCCCUAAACUUGCUGUCUCCUCGACC